UGCCGCGAGUGGCCACGACACUGCACUUCGAUUGAUAGAACAUAGAAGUAGGAGGGAGAACUUCGGAACUCUCUCCAAAACUCUCUCUCUCUCUCUCUCUGACUUUUCUCAUUACGGUCAUCACCCAUCUCCUUAUAUAUAAUAGCUGCCUGCGUUUUAUUUUAUUUUUAUUCCUCCAUUUCUCUGUCGGAACCCUAGAAUCAUCUUUUCUUGAGUGCCUUUUGCCUGGUUUGAUUCCAGCAGCAGCUCCGUGCUGCAGAUUCCAAUCGAUUCAUGAAUAUUCAUCUCAACAAUUACAAUCCAGAAUCGUAAUCCUAGCUCCAAAAACCAGAGCUUCCUGGUGUGUGAAAGAUAUGACCAUAGUUUUCCUUCUUAGAAACAUAGAGGAUUUUGAUAAUGGCUUUGAGAGCAAUCUUGAGAAGGAGGAAGUACCUCCUGGAACACCUGAAUGUGCACACUCGCUCGAUUCAGAGCUUUUCAAGUUUCGGACAUGGGUGGCAGUCAAAUGACUUGCAGGUUUCGGACUGGGUUGCUGGUCAUCCUUCUGCAGAUGCUGAAAGGGGAAAGGAGAGGGUCCAAGCUAUAGUUGAUAUAGAUAAAUUUCUGGGUUUGAAAGAAAUAGGAUUUCCUAAGCAUAAUUCCUGGAGAGUUUCCAUAUUGAGUCAGAGUCAUGGAAAUGCAAGAUCAGAGAUCAUUUUCCCCCUUGGAAUUCGGUGUUUGUCACAUAGUAUUCGUAAGGUAUCAACAGCUACAGCAGGCCAACCUGAGAUGGGUGAUCAGGAUAAUGAAGAACAGAAUGUUAAGUAUAAAAAGGAAGCAUCGCCGGAGGAAUGUGAUCAGGCAGUUGAAGGUUUGACUACAGUGAAAGCUAAAGCAAAAGCCAAACAAUUGCAAGAAUCUCAGAAAGAUGCUAGGUCCAUCAUAAAGAAAUUCUGGGCUAAGCUUUUGGGGAUUGGACCAGCUUUGAGAGCUGUUGCUUCCAUGAGCAGGGAGGAUUGGGCCAAGAAGUUCCGCCACUGGAAGGAAGAAUUUAUCUCAACUCUGCAACACUAUUGGUUGGGUACAAAACUCUUCUGGGCUGAUGCUAGAAUUUCCUCAAGAUUACUGCUGAAGCUUGCUAGUGGAAAGAGUCUGUCGAGGAGGGAGCGCCAGCAACUGACGCGCACAACAGCCGAUAUUUUCAGGCUAGUUCCUUUUGCAGUUUUUAUCAUAGUUCCAUUCAUGGAGUUCUUGCUGCCAGUGUUCCUGAAAUUAUUUCCCAACAUGUUGCCAUCUACUUUCCAGGACAAGAUGAAAGAACAGGAAGCAUUGAAAAGGCGGCUUAAUGCAAGAAUAGAGUAUGCAAAGUUUUUGCAGGACACAGUCAAGGAAAUGGCAAAGGAAGUUCAAGUCUCGCACAGUGGAGAAAUAAAAAAGACAGCAGAAGAUCUUGAUGAAUUUUUAAACAAGGUCAGAACUGGUGCCCGUGUUUCUAAUGAGGAAAUUUUGGGCUUUGCAAAGUUGUUCAAUGAUGAGCUGACUCUGGACAAUAUCAGCAGGCCUAGGUUGGUAAAUAUGUGCAAAUACAUGGGGAUCAGCCCUUAUGGAACGGAUGCAUAUUUACGAUAUAUGCUUCAGAAAAGAUUGCAGUGGAUCAAGAAUGAUGAUGAGAUGAUCCAGGCAGAGGGUGUAGAGUCUCUUUCAGAGGCUGAACUUAGGCAAGCUUGUAGGGACCGUGGCCAACUGGGAUUACUUUCAGUAGAAGAAAUGCGCCAACAGCUUCGUGAUUGGUUGGAUUUGUCUCUUAACCAUUCUGUGCCAUCUUCACUCCUGAUUCUUUCCAGAGCCUUCACCAUUGUUGGAAAGGUGAGGCCUGAAGAGGCUGUUCAAGCUACACUUUCUUCUCUGCCGGAUGAGGUUGUGGAUACUGUGGGUGUAACUGCUUUGCCUUCUGAGGACUCUGUUUCGGAGAGGAGGAGGAAAUUGGAGUUCCUUGAAAUGCAAGAGGAACUUAUCAAGGAAGAGGAAGAGAAAAAGAAAGAGGAAGAGGAACAAGCUCGGAAGAAGGAAUCAGGGAUUGACCAGGAGGAUUUGGCUUUGAAGGAAAUGACUAUCCCAACUGCAAGAGAAGCACAAGAGCUGGCACAAGAAAAAAUGUUGGAGAAGCAAGAUCAGCUUUGUAAACUCAGCUGCGCAUUGGCUGUUCUGGCUUCGGCAUCUUCAGUCAGUAGGGAGCGUGAACAGUUUUUGAGCCUUGUCAACAAAGAGAUAGAGCUGUAUAAUAGCAUGGUAGAUAAAGAGGGAACUGAAGGUGAAGAAGAGGCAAAGAAGGCAUACAGAGCUGCCAGGGAGGAGAGCGACCAUGCAGCCGAAAUGGCUGUAGGACAUAAGGUUUCUUCGGCACUUAUAGACAGGGUUGAUGCCAUGCUUCAUAAGCUUGAAAAGGAAAUUGAUGAUGUGGAUGCCAAAAUUGGGGACCGUUGGCGACUGCUUGACAGGGAUUAUGAUGGCAAAGUGACCCCAGAAGAGGUAGCGGCUGCAGCCAUGUACCUCAAAGACACCAUGGGCAAAGAUGGAGUCCAACAGCUUAUCAGCAACCUUUCUAAAGAUAAAGAUGGGAAUAUCCUUGUUGAAGACAUUGUCAAAUUGGGCACUCAAACAGAUAAGGUUGAUGCAGCUGAAGGAAGAGGGUAAAACCGAAUGAUUUUCCAAUUAUAUUUUGGAGAUAAUAUUUCCAUAUUAUUCCGUGUGAAGUAAUUUGAGUGAUCAGACUGUCUCAUCGAGUCUUUAUAUUUUACCUGGACACUCAAAAAAGGGUGGCGUCACUUCAAUGCUGAGAGCAGAUUCUGCUUCUGUGGUCUAUGCUUUUCAUACCCAGCAUGGUGUGGAUUCUUCAGGUCCUACAUGAUAAAUGUUUUGAUUCUUUCUAGCAGCAGUAGAUAAAGGGGUUAUUGAUGUUUCUGCUGUAAAAAGAAUGUGGGGGAAAAAAAAAUCAAACGUAUACGUGAUAUGAUAUUCGAGCCUAUUGUUUGGCCUCGAAUAUAUUUCUUGUAUUGGUGAAGACAAAUAACCUUUACAUAUAAACAUGAUUUGCCCUGAAUAAAAUUUGACGGACUAAAAGGGGUUCUUA